UUUAGUAUACUUUCGUAAGUUCAGAGCUCUCACUCUCUCACUGAAGAACUGAGAAACAACUGAGCGAUGGACUCAUAUUCAUUGGACGCAAACACCCUUCGAGAGCAACUUGAUAACAGAGGAAACGCCCGCAUCGCACUCGAAACUAUCACAAUCAUCGCGCAGUUUAUUGUAGGGGUAGCUGGCAACUUUCUCGUCUUGUUGGUCGUAAAGAAAAAGAAGGAAGAUGGUAAAGUUAUUCAUCUUUUCAUUGGAUCACUUGCUAUAUCGGAUAUUUUAUUGAUGUUGAGUUAUAACUUUUUAUCAAGCGGGGCUAUUGCACUGGGUAAGUGGCCAUUUCCUGAAUUAAUUUGCCAGCUUCAGGGCUUCUGUAUCCUGGCCUCUUCUUGUGCCUCGAUGUUGCUUAUGGCCAUUACAGCUAUCAAUCGGUAUUUUCGAGUGGUGCGUACGAGCUAUUAUGGACUGUUGUUCACUCCAAAACGCACAAAACUUCUUAUUUGUGGGGCGUGGGCUAUGGCUUCUAUCGUACCAAUACAGUAUUUGGCAAGCGGAGAAAGAUUUCUGUUCCACCCAGGAAAAUGUAUUUGUUUUCAAAAUGACAGCUUGAAGCCAAGCACGUUUGUUGUUUACGCUAUCGUUUUCCUACCAAUGUGCGUUAUUACAUUCUGUUAUUACAACAUAUUUAAGACAAUUCGAAAACACCAAGUUUCAAUGCAGCAAAACAUCAAUGAUACCACAACAGGACCGAACAUUCAAGAUAUCAAAGUCACCCGUGUUUUGUUUCUUACUGUUGUUGGGUAUAUAACAUGCUGGACACCAAUUUUAAUUAUCGACAUCAUAGGAUUCAUUCGCGGUCCUUACUCUCUCCCCCGGGAAGUCUACGUUUUGUAUUCUUUCCUUGGGGGACUAUCUUCAGUUAUCAACCCGUUUAUAUACGGUGCUAUGAAUCCCAUUUUCAAAGAACAAUACAAAAAGAUAUUGCGACCAAGAUGUACUGGUCGGAUUGUGGAAGGCGAGCACGCACAUGUGACUUCAAGAAAACCUUGCUCUGUUCCGCAUAACAAGGUUGGAAACCGAGGUAGUGAGAGAAAACGCUCGAAGGGCGGAGAUGAUGUGUCGAUUGAACUGCAAGGAGCUGCCAAGCCCCCAGGGCAAAAUUUGGAGCCCCUUUGAAAAAUGAAGCACGAUAAAAGGAUGAAUAAAACAGGAGAGAAAGGGAGAGAGAAGGGAAAGGAUGAGGAAACGGAUAAUUGACAACAUUGCAAAGGAAAGUAUAGGACAAAGCUAAAAAAUAUCCAUGGUUGCAAUACAAGAUAUGCCUCUAGGAAAAAUUUAUACAAAAAUAAAGUACAAACAAACUCCGGUAAACAAACUUUAAAAUAUAUUGCAACAGAUCUUUGGGUUGAUCUCCCCACUGAGUUGAAAGAGCUUAACCUUUACACAUUUCAAAGUGCUUUAAAGCGUCAUUUACUGGAUGAACAAUACUAGGUCACGACUUUUUCACUCUAGAACUCUCCUAAUUCCUAUCUCAUUUCUCCUCUCCUCACAGUUCUAUCAACAAUAAAUAUUUAACUGGAAUCCGGCUUGAAAACUACUUGUUAUUCCGGAUUCCAGACUCAAUGUACUAUUCUUAUUUUUCCUAUAAUUAUAAACUCAAUCUGUGUAAAGUACAAGAGUGAAUAAAGUAUUAUUACUGAUGAAAUUAUUUAGUAUAGGUUAUAACCAGCUAAAGCAUUCCUAUAUCUAUACAUUAUAAGAUUUAGGCUAGCUAUCAGUCAAAGUCAUAAGGUGUAACUGUUGUAAACUAAGUAAGAUACUGUAUUAGCUUAAAUACUGUAUACCAUACGGAUAUAGGCAAAUGUAAGGAAAAUGUACAUUAAAUAGUAGGUAAAACCUACCUACCUCCCUC